ACAACUCAGAAAGGUUGCUUUCCGGCCGGAAAGGGAGCCGACCGCGAGCCCCCUGUGAUCCCAAUUAAGCGCCUAACCGCGACGCCCCAAAACGGCAAGCUCCCUCCCAAACCGCCGCCCGCCCCCCUCGCCGCCGCGAUGCCGCCCACGCCGCCGGAGCCGGAGACGGAACCGGAGUUCGCCGAGGUCGACCCCACCGGCCGCUACGGGCGGUACAUGGAGGUUCUUGGCAAGGGCGCCUUCAAGACGGUAUACAAGGCUUUUGAUCAACUUGAAGGGCUAGAAGUUGCUUGGAACCAGAUCAAAGUGGGUGAUUUACUUCGAAACAAUGAUGAUUUGGAGAGGUUGAGAUCAGAAGUGCGGUUGCUGAAGACUCUCAAGCAUAAAAACAUAAUAAAGUUCUACAAUUCAUGGCUUGAUAGAAAAAACAACAAUAUAAAUUUCAUCACAGAGGUCUUCACAUCAGGGACGUUGCGCCAGUACCGCAUAAAGCACAAGAAGGUAGACAUUAGAGCUUUAAAGAAAUGGUCAAGGCAAAUCUUGAGUGGUCUUGUCUACCUGCACAGCCACGACCCACCAGUAAUCCAUAGAGACUUAAAAUGCGAUAAUAUAUUUGUAAAUGGAAACCAGGGUGAGGUAAAGAUUGGAGACCUUGGUUUAGCAACUAUCCUGUAUAAUGCACGUUCAGCUCAUAGUAUUAUUGGUACACCGGAAUUCAUGGCACCGGAACUCUAUGACGAGGAAUAUAAUGAACUUGUAGAUAUUUAUGCAUUUGGGAUGUGUUUACUGGAGCUUGUUACAUUUGAAUACCCAUAUUGUGAAUGUUCUAAUGCGGCGCAGAUAUAUAAGAAAGUUUCUGAUGGUGAAAAGCCUAGUUCGUUGACUAAGAUUGAUGAUCCUGAAGUGAAAUUAUUUAUAGAGAAGUGCAUCGCCAAAGCCCCUGAAAGACUCUCAGCAAAAGAACUAUUAAUGGAUCCUUUUCUCUUAGAUGUUAGUGAUGAAAAAAUAUUCUAUCCACUGCAUCCAAAUAUUAAUGCAUCAGAUACUGCUGGCAGUCCAAACCCUAGCACAAGCUACAGAUAUGACAGAGCAGCAGCAUCUGUGGGACGCCAUGAUCACACAGGUAGUAUGCCAGAUUCACAUCCUACCGACAACUAUGCACAUGACACCAUGGAUCCACAUGCUGCAAUUGGUCGAAGUAUCACAGUUGAGAGUCAACGGAAGGAUUUGAAUACAAUAUUUUUGAAGCUGCGUAUUGCUGAUUCAACAGGUCAUGCCCAAAACAUCCACUUCCCGUUUGAUAUUGAAGCUGACACUUCAAUCAGUGUUGCAACCGAGAUGGUCGUGCAGCUGGAUCUAACAGACCAAGAUGUAACAGCAAUUGCAGAAAUGAUAGAUGCUGAGAUACGUGCGCAUAUUCCUGAUUGGGCAGUAGAGGAGUCAGUUGACAACCAAGGGGAUGAAGGUGCUCAUUCUGAGACCCAUAGUUCAGAAGGUGAUGAGGGAAUUUCUGAAUUACGUAACGAGCUUGAUGCCUCACACAAUGGCUUUGUUCAAGAACAGCUUCCUUCUGGAAGGAAGUACUGGUCAGACUCACCCAGGAGAGAUGGUGAAAUAUCUCAUUCAAUGGUUGUGGAGCCUCAAAUCGGUGAUAAUAUUGCCAAUGGAAUACCAAAGAGGAAUGAUUUGGAUGAUAUUGUGAUUGCAAAAGAUAAGGAGGACCAAUCCUUUGGCUCUUCCAUCCACCCUGUGGAAGGUAUCUUUGAACAAAUAUCGUCAUCUGUAGACUUGUCCAACUCAUCUGUGGUCGGCCGCAUUUCUAGAGGAGCAUCUGUCGGUAGCAGCCCUCGCUCUUCAGAUGACGAGCGAGAGUACAAUUGUGGUCAGCAUCUGGUAGCAGAUAUCACUGAGAGGUUAAUAAACUUAUUGGCUCAGCAGGAAAAGGAGCUCAGUGCGCUGCAAAGGAAGCAUAAGGCAGAUAUAGAGGACAUGUUGAAAAGUUUACCUGCAAAGGAUCGCGAAGAGACCUUAACUAGGUGCCGCUUGAAGAUGGAUGAGAAAAUCAGAGGCGACAAACUUUAGCUAAACUGUUUCUGGUGCACCUUCUCUGAGUGUUGGUAGAUUUAUGCAUACUCACGCCAAGGAGUUGUUUGCAAUUGUUGUUGUGCAAAAUUGGAUCUCUCUGUUGUGCAAAAGGUAGUCUUUUUCAUUGUUCUUUUUGAUAUAAUGGAGAAGCUGGAAGUGCUUGUCUGUAGGUCUUUCGAUGACCAAGCACUAAAUAGUAACCAAACUGUGUGGAGGUUUUUGAAGGCAAGAUGAAGUUUCUGCUCACCAAAGAAAUAUGCAGACACCACUAUGCCGCUGUGUGCCUGAAUUGCUCAUAAGGAGUGCCUCCCUUUUUUGUUCUUUUGUUUUUUCUUUUGUAUUUUGACCUGCCAAGGACAUACACGAGUGUUUGAGCUGUUCCAUACUUGUAAUGACAAACAUAAAGUGCAAUUAUUUUCUGGAUCACAUGGUUCCCCAA